AUGUCAGCAGUCGGGAUCGAUCUAGGCACGACGUCGAGCGUCGGGGUUUGGCAGCGAUCAAGUGGAGAUCACAGGGCAACCAGCUUCACGGACACGGAGCGGCUCAUCAGCGAUGCCGUCAAGAACCAGGUCGCGCUCAAUCCCUCCAACACCGUCUUCGGCUCAUCGGCAGGAAAUUCAGCGAUCCAUCCGUUCCCUGUGGCCCUUCAAGGUGAUCGCGGGGCCGAGCGACAAGCCCAUGAGCGUGGUGACUUACAAGAACGAGCAGAAGCAAUUCUCAGCCGAGGAGAUCUCCUCCAUGGUUCUCACCAAGAUGAAGGAGAUGGGCAAGAGCGUCAAGGAUGCAUCAAGCUGACGGCGUCGAGCACCGGCGAGAAGAACAUCUUGAUCUUCGACUUGGGCGGUGGAACUUCCGAUGUUUCGAUCUUCACGAUCGACCAGGGGGUGUUCGAGGUGAAGGCCACGCACUUGGGUGGCGAGGACUUUGACAACAGGAUAGUGAACUUCUUCGCGCAGGAAUCCAAGCGGAAGUACCGGAAGAACAUCAGUGACAACGCGAGAGCGCUGUGGCGAUUGCGAGCGAGCCAAGCAGGCUAG